AUGAAAACCAUCGUGUCAUCGCAGAAGGUUAUGAUUCCCGAGGGAGUCCAAGUGGCCAUAAACUCAAGGAAAGUGACUGUAACAGGAAAACACGGAACGCUGAAAAAAUCCUUCCGACAUCUACCCAUCGAUAUUCGUCUGAAUAAGUUGAAAAAGUAUAUCAAGGUGGUGAUGUGGUUCGGAGUUCCCGACCGAUUGGCAUGCAUUCGAACCGUAUGUACCCAUUUGAAAAAUAUGUUCACAGGAGUAACCAAGAAAUUUCUGUAUAAAAUGAGACUCGUACAUGCACAUUUUCCAAUCAACUCGAAUAUUGUGGAUAACAACAAGUCUAUCGAGAUAAGGAAUUAUUUAGGAGAAAAACGGGUUCGAUUUGUGAAGGCUCUACCUGGUGUAAUCAUUGAGAAAUCGCCAAAUGUCAAGGAUGAAAUUUAUGUUAGUGGUGCUGAUAUUGAGAACGUUUCCCUCACAGCAGCGUUAAUUCAUCAAUCCGUUUUAUGUAGAAAUAAAGAUAUUCGAAAAUUUUUGGACGGAAUUUAUGUGUCGGAGGUGACUACUGUUGAGAAGGACGAGUAG